GUCAGGGACGGUCGUGAUGCCCAUGUAGUUCUCGAAGCCGUUCGAGUCAAUAUGCUCCCCUUAAUUCGAAGGCGUCUCACCGCGAGCGAGAGGGAGACGUUAACCUCCGGUAACGUUUUCGUAUGGGAAGAGGCCGAGAACGAUGGAGGCUUGCUGCGAUGGACUGACGGGCGGAGAUGGUCGCAAAGCCGCAUGCGGGGAGAUUAUCUUUUUUACGAGGAGAAGAUGGAAACUACGCCAGAAGAAAAAGAGGCCAAAGCAGCCUUGAGAGCAAAACGGGCUUCAGAUCCUGCUUCUGUCCCUCCAAGCACGAACAGACGGAAAGACCGACCUAACAGACCAAACGGUCUCACGAAGCAGACGUAUUCAGCUCUUGUGUACCUCCCAGGCUCUAGCCAACCCCGGAAAUGGCAUGUAGUUGCGUACUUUGCGGGCGAUGACUAUCUUCGUCUUCCUGUCAUAGAAAGUUACGAUUACCUGAGAAAUAUCCGUGUCCCGGAGGGCGUGUUCGUCUCUAGCAAAGCCAACGGUCUCAGGACUGACCGAUACUCG